AUGAUCACUGACGAAGGAGUUCAAUAUCUUACUGAUGCUUUGCAAAAUAAUAGCACUCUAAUGUAUCUCUAUUUACAUUACAAUGAGAUCAGUAAAGCAGGCGCAAAAUAUCUCUCGCAACUUUUGGAGAAAAAUGGAACACUCGUCGAACUAAAUCUAUGUGGAAAUAGCAUCGGUGAUCAGGGAGCGAAGUAUCUCGCCCAGGCGUUAGCAAAAAAUGAGGUAAAACUCAAUUUUUAUAAAUCUCAAUAA